GCAAUAUCCUCUUCCUGCUACACACACAUUUGUAGCAGACGACAGGACCACAUCUGUAGCAGACGACAAGACCUCAUCUGUAGCAGAAGACAGGAGCAAUAGUGCUCACAAUGGCGACUGGUCAAGGCUCCAACUUCCACCCCGAUGAUGACGCUGGCGUCCUCAGGAAGGCGAUGAAAGGACUAGGUACAGACGAAGAUGCCAUUAUACAGGUUUUGGGACACCGCUCUAACGCUCAAAGACAAGAGAUCAAGAGAAUUUACGAAGUCAUGUUUGCAAGGAAUCUAAUAAAAGACUUGAAAAGCGAGUUGGGAGGAAAUCUUCUGAAAGUCGUCCUUGCUUGUAUGAGACCCCCUGCUGAGUUUGACGCCAGGGAGCUCAGUAAAGCCAUGGAGGGCCUCGGAACGGACGAGGAACUGUUGAUUGAAAUCAUGUGUAGCAGGACUACUGACGAACUCCGGGAAAUUAAAAUGGCGUAUGAAAAAAAAUACAAGAAAACUCUGGAAGACAGUCUGAAAAGCGAGACGUCUGGGGAUUUCAAAAGACUAAUGGUUUCCUUGACAACGUGUGGUCGUUUUGAGGAUUCAGCUGUGGACCUCCAGAAAGCAGAAGCAGAUGCAAAGAAAUUAUACAAUGCUGGCGAGAAGAGGUGGGGCACGGAUGAAGCGGUAUUCAACUCCAUCCUGGCGUUACAAAGUUACUCCCAGCUACGGGCGGUGUUCGAUAUGUACGUCAAGGUAGCCAACAAGGACAUUGAGGACUCCAUUAAGAGCGAAAUGUCAGGGGACCUCGAGGCUGGAAUGCUAGCGAUAGUCAGAAUCGUCAAAAACAGCGCAGAAUUCUUCGCCAAAAAACUCUACAAGUCCAUGAAGGGCGCCGGAACAAAUGACGAUGAUUUAAUCAGGGUAUUAGUCUCAAGGUCAGAGAGGAAUAUGGACGCAAUAAAAAAAGAGUUUGAAAAACUCUAUGGACAAAGCUUAGCUCAGUUCAUCGAGAACGACACCUCUGGAGACUACAAGAAGAUGUUACUGGCCCUCAUCUCAUAAUUAUACGGAACACAUUUGCAAUGCCAACUAUAAAAACUUGCCUUAAAGAACGUAAAUUUAUCAAGAAUUUGUGUAAAUAUGACAAAAAAUAAAGGAACGAGUAUUAAAACUUAUGAAUUUCUUUAUUUAU